GUAUGAUGCAGGGCUGUCACCGCACUCUGCAUGUUUUUCUGGUGAAGUCGAGCUAACAUGACAGAGCUCUAGACCCAGAUUCUUCGGCUGCCGCCACCGUGGCCCUGUUCGGACGAUGGAUUUUCUCGCCGCAUUGGAAACGGCUGCAAUGAACUGCUAAUUCUAUGGGCUGGAGUCUGGUCCCCCUGGAGGAUGGGGAAUGUCAUACGAGGCGGGAGUGCCAGCAACAAGGUCAACGCUGAAAACCCUGACAGUGCUAUGAAGGGUUCUGAUGAUGACAUAGUGGUUGUGAUCGAUGAUUACCCGGCUAUGGAAAUCAGCGAGCCCAUCUACAGAAUGGGGGAGAAGCUCAGAGUCAUUGCACAGGAAGCUUAUUGGUGGAGAGUUCGCUCCGUUGAGACAGGGAAGGAGAACUAUAUCCCCAACAGCCACGUGGUGAGAGUUUACCAUGGGUGGCUAUUUGAGGGGGUGGGGAGGCAGAAAGCUGAAGAGCUGCUUCUUCUCCCAGGGAACAGAGUGGGCUCGUUUCUGGUGCGUGAAAGCACCAGUGAGAGAGGUCUGUAUUCGCUCUCAGUGAAGCACAGGGCAGUGAAGCACUAUCGGAUCUUCAGACUGGACAACAGCUGGUACUACAUCACCCCGAAGCUCACUUUCCAGUGCCUUGAAGAUAUGAUCAAUCAUUACUCUGAUUGUGCAGAUGGACUGUGCUGCACGUUAACCACCCCUUGUCUGUCGGGAAAAACUGAGACGCCAGAUCUGAACCCUGGACCGCCACCCGUGGUCAUGCGACACAACUUUGAUUGGAAUAAAGUGGACAGGACACAGCUGGUCAGCACAGACAGCCACAGUGACAACAUGGUGAGCUACGGCGUGAGGAACAGCAUCGCUGCCUACCUGUCCUUUUCUGGCCAAGAAGACCCUAAUCAGCCGCGAGCCGAUCGCAGGAAGAAGAAAUCUAGAUCUGUGUAUGCGAUUCCUGAACAUCGCAAUGCAAACACUGAGUAUGAGGAAGACUUCUAGAGGAAAAAGAAGUUCAGUUUGAGAGAAUUAAAGGACUUACGAGCGGAGACCCGCAGAGACUCCCUGGUAUCUACUACAGCUCCUGAGCGUCGGCUGAGGAAUGCUCUCGCCCAGCUCUGGUCAGAGUACCUUAAUCAUGAAAGUGAGUUCAAAUUACAGCACUUUGACAUCUUUUAACAGUAAAUUACAUGAGUGCUCAUGCUUCAACGCGAAUAUGAAGAUUAAAUAUGUUUUGUGUGAACUGAGAGAGUGUGUGAAUGGGACUGGUGUGUGGCUGCUGCACAAGGCUGCAACAAUAAAGCUGAGCAUUAUUCAAAUACAAAGAAGGCUAUGUAUGUUGUUGGGAUAAAUUAUGUACAAUACAAGUACUACUGGAUCAAACUAUUUCCUUUUGUUAGUUAGGCUUGAGUGUUAAUUGUUCAAGGUAUGUGUAAUAUGUAUAUGUAUGUAUGUAUGUAUGUAUAUAUAUAUAUAUAUAUAUAUAUAUACAUAUAUACACAUAUAUAUAUAUAUAUGUGUGUGUGUGUGUAUUUUUUUUGCUACGUUUAUUUUUUACCUCAUGAAGCUGAUGUUUUCGCUCACAACAGUUCAUCCAGUGAUGUUGCUACGUGUUUUCUAUAGAAUAUGAAGAGUGCUGUUUUUAAGAAAAUAAUGUUCCUACCUUGGUCUAAUGCUUAGUAGUUUGCUACUGAUAUUUUCUUUUUCUUUUGGAAAUGUGAAAAAAAUGAUGUGGCCUUGGUGUUGCAACUAAGAGACCCUGCGUAAAACAUUGUUUUAACGUAUCAAUGUAUGGUAUUUGUAGCAUAAGGUAAAAUAAAAAUGGCUAACAGGAUGUAGUUGCAUUUGUCUAAAAAACGAGACAACUAUCAUACCUACUACUGCAAAAAUAAUAUCAUAUAUUGAGGAUUGCAGAUAAAGUAAAGUUAUAUAAUACAGAAUAAACAUCCACUUAAUUUAGUAGUUGUUUUCAAAUAAAUGCACUUAGUCUGCAUAAGUUUAAAUUUUUUUUACUUGCAAGUUCAAAACAUUACUAGAGUGGAAUUUUGCUCUCCUCUGGGUUCACCACCGUGGCUGUCUGUGUUUUUUUUGCAAAUAGAAAUAUUUCUAAACCUCUAAGUGAGGAACAUAUUGAGGCCUUCUUGCAGCCAGCUGAUGAGCAGUCAUAGCAGCAGGUGGAGGAGGGGCAGCCCUCCAAGAACCAUACAAACAGGAAAAUAGGAGACUCUUGGAAACUAUCUAAGAACUGUCGGAAUCGUAUGGUAGAAUCUUUUUUUUCUUCUAAACUGUUUUGAAAGUACGACCUAAAAAAAUAUCAUACUUUUAGCGGCCAUUGCCUAACAGCUCAUACACAUGUCUGUUAUCAAAAUUAAAAAAGGGGCAACUGAAAUAUUGCAUCAAUGACAAAAAAGAAUUACCUUUCUUUAUGUCAUGUUAUGACAUCCAUACACUUUGUCUGCACUGAUGAAGAUUCCAUUAUCCUGGCAUCCCAAGCGCGUGAAGUGGCUUCAACUAAAGGGCUGUUUGACCUAUUUUCUGAAUAACUGGAAGGCAUACAAUAUUAGUCUGAUAUGCUUAAGUGCUAAUUGCAGGAAAAGAAAAAUUAAAACGCAAAAGUGGCAUGAAACAAACUUCGUGGGCUUCGUUAGUAGCGCACAGCUAAUUGUUAACCCUUUAACCCAGCAUGCAUGCUACAUAUUUAAUGGGGAUGCUAAAAAAAAAGCAGACUUCAUAUAUGGAACAAGACAUACUGGUUCUUCAGAUUUAUGUAUUUUUUUUAAUUUUUGGGUGCACAAAACAAAAAAGGCCAAUUGCAAGAUAAGAAAUGGGAAUAUUUAUCUUUUUUGGCAAAUAAGAUGCUACAAAAUCUGUAACAUUAUGAUUGAGCAUGUUUUACAUCAUACAAAAUAUUUAACCAGAUCUUAGAAAACUCCUGAAUGGGUCCCAAAAUGUCAUUUAAAUUUGUUUGUCAUUACUGAUAUCUUUCCAACAGAUUCAAACAUUAUGUUGUUCAUGAUUGCACCUGUUUUUUUUUCUUCUGGUAUGAUGAAAUGGGAUUUUUAUCACACCAUAUUAGCAUUUAUGUCUGGUUUAGUUAUUUGUUAAAGAACUACCUUUGUAUAGUCAUUCAUAUAUUGAGUUGCAAUAUUGUAUGGAAAGGUUUUUCCACAGUCCACAGCUUUCACCACAAUCGUUUUAAAAUGUAUUUAUGUUUUCAUAUAUUUCAUCCUAUAUGUAUAAAUUAUAUAGUUUAGGUAGUGGGGUCGAAUCAAAAGAGAUAUGUUAUGUCUGUGCUGCCAUUGUGUGAAGAUUAAAAAGUGCCUUGAAAUUG